AUGCACCAAGAACCCGGAUACGGUCCGCCGACUAAGCGCCGCAAACUUAGUGUCGGUCUACCCAAAGAGGAAGCGUUGCAGACGCAGCAUCAGACAAGUCCAUGCAAAGGUCUUGCCAGGCCCAUUAGCCCACCGUCGUUGCGCCGCAAAAGCCCUGAUACAGCUCUGUCGUUUAUGCCAACCUGGGACUUUGAUGGUGUGCCAGAACAGCCUUCUGUGUCGCAAGAAGGAGCGUCUUCUACUGUGGCAAGCGCCAAGGCAGUCAAAGAGAAGAACCAUGUGGCAGAGCCGCGACUUGUAUCGUCGCCAGUUCACCUUACGCGGAUCGCAGGAUUACCCCAAGAGCAGAAUGUUGAUGCUAUCAGUCUGGGCGAUUUACUGCGCGAUCCUCUCAUCAGGGAGUGCUGGAAUUUCAAUUACCUGUUCGACCUCGACUUUGUCAUGCAGCAUUUCGAUGAGGACGUGAAGGAUUUGGUUAGAGUCAAGAUUGUGCAUGGCUUUUGGAAGAGGGAGGAUGAGAAUCGGAUAGCGUUGCUGGAAGCAGCAGAGCGGUACCCCAACAUUGAGCUCUUGAGUGCAUACAUCCCCGAUCCGUUCGGCACUCAUCACUCCAAGAUGCUUAUUCUCUUUCGUCACGACGACACUGCCCAGGUCAUUAUCCACACGGCAAACAUGAUUCCUCGCGAUUGGACCAACAUGACACAAGCAGUCUGGGUGUCACCGCUGCUUCCACUGUUGCCUCAAACAUCAAGUCAGUCAGAUUCUACUACAGUACAUCCAAUCGGAAGUGGUGAGCGGUUCAAAGUCGAUCUUCAGCGGUACCUACGGGCCUACGGAAAGCGACUGGAGAGUUUGACUACACAGCUCAAGGACUACGACUUUUCAAGCAUUAGGGCAGCAUUCAUUGGAAGCACACCGUCAAGACAGAAGCCCACGGCCGUCGACUCUUCAUCUACUGCAUUCGGCUGGCUAGGCCUAGGCCAGAUCCUAUCCAGCAUCCCAGUCUCGAAACCAGACGUCGACUCUUGUCCUCACAUUGUCACGCAAGUCUCAUCUGUAGCAACCUUGGGCGCAGCACCAACAUGGCUUUCUCACUUUCAAUCCAUUCUCUCCCGCUGCUCAUCCACCAACGCACCACCAGAAGCACCGCCAGCACCACCAAAAUUCAGCCUAGUAUUUCCCACCCCAGCCGAAAUCCGCACGUCUCUCGACGGCUACGCCGCAGGCGCCUCAAUCCACUGGAAAUGGCAAUCGGCACAGCAGCAGAAACAGCUCGAAUACAUGCAUCCCCUGCUGUGCCACUGGAAUCAUGCAUCUACCCACCAGCAUCACCACAAAUCUCAACAAGACGCACACCGCGCCACAGCCGCACCCCACAUAAAAACAUACAUUCGCUUCCGCAACAAAAAUGACUACACAGCCAUCGACUGGGCCCUGCUCACGAGCGCAAACCUCAGCAAGCAGGCAUGGGGCGACGUGGUAAAUAAGAAGCAGGAAAUCUGGAUCCAGUCGUGGGAAACAGGUGUAGUCAUAUGGCCCGCUUUGUUUGCAGAGCCAGGACAAGCGCUGCAGCGCCUUGUCAUGGUUCCCGCGUUUGGUUCGGAUACUCCGGAUGUGUCUCGUCUGAGCGAGGGGGUGGUAGGGCAGGACAAUGGGCAGCAGGCUACGCUUGUUGGGUUCCGCAUGCCGUAUAAUGUUCCGCUUGUGCCCUAUGCAGAGGGUGAGAAGCCCUGGUGUGCAGCGCUUGCUCAUGACGAGCCGGAUCGCCAUGGACGUGUCUGGGCUGGUUAUGGGCGUUGA